AUGGAGUGGUUUUGGAGGCGGUGCGGGAAAAAGGGCGGAACUGAACCGGAGGAUUGGAGGAGAUUGGAGCAGUGGCGGGAGUUUGCACGAGUGUGGGAGUGGACCGUUGGAGUCAGGGCGUCAAUAAGGCGGGGUCUAGCCAGGACUGAGUCUGAGAGCAGCCUGGGGCGAUGGAGGCUGCUGAGUGACCACCCCGAGAUUCCGCCGCGCAGCGGGAAGAUCAACGGGCUGGAGAAGUUCGACGCCAGUUUCUUCAGCUUCCACUUCAAGCAGGCGCACACCAUGGAUCCGCAAUGUCGCCUGCUGCUGGAACGAGCUUACGAGGCCAUCGUCGACGCUGGAGUGAACCCAAGAUCCCUGCGAGGAAAGAAAAUGGGCGUGUAUGUGGGCGUGUGCUUCUCCGAGUCGGAGAAGACGUGGUUCUACGAGAAGCUCCAGCUCUCGGGAUUUGGGAUAACCGGCUGCUGCCGUGCUAUGCUUGCCAAUCGCAUCUCCUAUUGGCUGGGAGUCAAA